CUGAGCUCAGAUCCAGACGCAGCCCAGUUUCUGGGUCCCCCCCCUCUUCUCUAAGCCAGCUGGUCUGGCUUAAUAUCACUUCUUUCUUUCUUUCUUUCUUUCUUUCACUCUCUUGUUUUUUUAAAUAUCCUUCUUGUUUGAUACAAGGGAUCGACUGAGCAAAGAAAACAACCCACAGCUGGAGCUGCUGGGAACCUUCCAGGUGAAGACAGAAGCGAGAAAGCUCCGGGGCUUGCUGAGGAGCCUUAGAAGUGCGCGUGCUGCACGAGACUGAACCGCUGGACGGAGACACGCAGAGAAAAGUCACGCGGAGAGGAGUUUUGGGAUUGAAAAGUGUAAAAACUGUGAGGACUUGGAAGUCGAACAAAAGAACCAGAGAAGAAGAAGAAGACAACGUUUGUGAAGAAGAAGAAGAAGAAGAAGAAGAAGAAGAAGGACAAACAACAAAUAAAAAGCCAAGAUGGGGAGGAAAAAGAUUCAGAUAGCUCGGAUUAUGGACGAACGAAACCGACAUGUGACGUUCACCAAGCGUAAGUUCGGCCUGAUGAAGAAAGCCUACGAGCUGAGCGUGCUGUGCGACUGUGAGAUCGCCCUCAUCAUCUUCAACAGCACCAACAAGCUGUUCCAGUACGCCAGCACCGACAUGGACAAAGUACUGCUGAAGUACACCGAGUACAACGAGCCGCACGAGAGCCGGACCAACUCCGACAUCGUGGACACGCUGCGUAAAAAAGGUUUGAGCGGCUGCGACAGCCCCGACAUCGAGGCCGACGACUCGGCGGGUCAGAGCCCCGAGUCUGACGACAAGUACCGAAAGAUCAACGAGGACAUCGACCUCAUGAUCAACAGACAGAGGAUCUGUCAGGGUCUGGUUCCCUCCAGCUACGACAUGGCCGGGGCUCCAGGUGGUCUGCUGUACUCCCACCCCGGGAUCAGCUGUGGGCUGGGGAACCACAACCUGCUGCCCCUCCCCCACUCACACGCCUCCCUGCAGAGGAACGGCAUGUCGCCUCAGAGGCCCUCCAGCACCGGGAACGCAGGACUGAUGGGCUCAGAGCUGCUGACUGCUGUGGGCUCCAGUGUGGGAAACGGGAGCUACGCUUCCCUCUGCUCGUCCCCGGGCUUAGGGUCUCCAGGAGGCGUGUCCAAGAACAUGACGGACAAGAGUCCUCCUCCAAUGAGCAUGAGCCGUAAGCCCGACCUCAGGACUCUGAUGCCGCCCUCCAACAAGUGCAGCAACAUGCCGCCCAUCCAGAACCAGAGAAUAAAUCACUCUCAGACGGCUCAGUCUCUGUCCUCUCCGGCCGUGUCCCUCGCUGCUCAGACUCUACCUGCACAGCUGAUGGCCGGCUAUCCGUCCUCACUCUCCUCCUCCUACGGCACAGAGUUCUCCCUCAGCAGCGACCUGUCCUCUCUGUCCGGGUUCGGAGGUUCUGGUCUGGGAUCAGUAGCGAGCUGGCAGCAGCAGCAGAUACAGAACCUCCAGCACUCGGCCCUGGGACACAUGGGGACUUUGUGUCAGAACUCAAACCUGAACCUCUCCUCCGGCCACCUUCCCAACCUCCACAUCAAGUCCGAGCCGGCCUCUCCUCCCGGGGACCGGAGCAUCGGCAUGCUCGGCGCGGGACUCAUCGGCGGAUGCCUGACCACCGCGGGCGGUUACUCCGCCGCCGGCCACUCGCCCGGCGACAGCGCGUCCAGCUGCGAGAGCUCGUACGAGGACGGCGAGGAUCACCACGGCAACUUCCUCCUGCAGCCGCUGGCCAAUCACGAGGAGCGACACAGCCCGUCGGUCAAACGGAUGAGGCUCUCCGAGGGCUGGGCCACAUGAUGGGGGCCACAUGAUGGGAGCCCGGCUGCAGCCAGAAGGGGGGGGGGGGGGGGG